CAGUCCAUGGAAGAAGCUGGUUUCGGAGGUGGCCAAGUUCUGCAAUUUUAUCAGUCAAUCAAUCGUAUUUAUUGAGCGCUUACCGUGUGCAGAGCACUGUACUAAGCAUUUGGGAAGUACAAGUUGGCAACAUAUAGAGACGGUCCCUACCCAACAGUGGGCUCACAGUCUAUCUGGCACAGGAGCAUGAGGAACAAGCAGUAUUGUGCAAGCCCCGGAUCCUUAUCUCCCAAUGAUGACAGAGGCCGACUCAGCCGAAGAUGAAUCCGGGAGUAGCAGCUUCUUGUCAUUGUAACCAUGGAAAACCGGGCCUGCUUUGAGGCGGAGCUAAUCCCUCAAAGCCCCCGCUCUUUCAUUAAAUUACUGAAAGUGAACCGGGAGCUUUUGGUCACCCAAAUCCGCAACACCCAGUGUUUGCUUGACAACUUGAUUGAGAAUGAAUACUUCUCAACGGAGGAUGCGGAGAUCGCAGCUGCCUCUCCAACUCAACCAGAUAAGGUCCGUAAAAUUCUGGACCUGGUUCAGAGCAAGGGAGAAGAAGUGUCCGAAUAUUUCAUCUACGUUCUGCAGCAGGUCUCUGACGCCUACAUUGACCUGAAGCCCUGGUUGAGCGAAAUAUGUUUCUCACCCUCUGAGCUCAUUGAGAGUAAAGUUGUGGUCAACACCGAUCCUGUGAGUAGAUACACACAGAAACUGCGCUGUGAGCUGGGCCGGGAUUCCAAAUUUAUCAUGUCCUACGCCCAGAAGGAGGAGAUGCUGCUGGAGGACACCUACACUGAGAAUGUCAUGGAGCUGACCAACUUCUCCAACGAGAACCUCGGUAGUGUGGGGAGCCUGGCCUCCCUGCUGGACAGCACCACCGGGGUCAUCAACGAGGAUGGUGAGACGGUCCUUGUCUUCGGCGACGCUGGGGUGGGGAAGUCCAUCCUGCUGCAGAAAAUGCAGCACCUCUGGGCCAAGGGUGAGCUGGGCGGAGGGGCCAAGUUCUUCUUCCGCUUCCGCUGCCGCAUGUUCAGCCUCUUCAAGGAGAGCGAGGUCCUGUGCCUGAAGGACCUGCUGUUCAAGCACAACUGCUACCCGGAGCAGGACCCCGAGGAGGUGUUCACCUUCCUCCUGCGUUUCCCGCACACCGCCCUCUUCACCUUCGAUGGCUUUGACGAGCUCCACUCAGACUUCGACCUGGGUGCUGUGCCCGAGGCCUCCUCACCCGUGGAGCCCACCCAUCCUCUGGUCCUGCUGGUGAACCUGCUCAGCGGCAAGCUGCUCAAAGGGGCAGGGAAGGUGCUGACCACCCGGGCCGGGACCGAGGUCCCCCGCCGACUGAUCCGCAAGAAGGUGCUGUUGCGGGGCUUCGCUCCCAGCCACCUGCAGGCCUACACCCGGCGAUUCUUUCCUGACCGGGCCCUGCAGGCCCAGGUGCAGACCCAGCUGGAGGCCAACCCCAAUCUGAGCAGCCUGUGCUCGGUGCCCCUAUUCUGCUGGAUCAUCUUCAAGUGCUUCGAGCAUUUCCACGCGGCCUAUGACAGCCCCCGGGGCCUUCCGGACUGCUCGGUCACACUCACUGACGUCUUCCUGCUGGUGACUGAGGUCCAUCUGAACCGGGCUCUGCCUGCCAGCCUCCUGCACAGGAACACCCGGAGCCAGGUACAGACCUUACGCGCUGGGAGGGCCGCGCUCCAGGCCCUGGGGCGGGUGGCCUACUCGGGCCUGGAGAGGAGUCUCUUUGUCUUUGGCCAGGAGGAGGUGGAGGUCCUGGAGGUGCCAGAGGAGGACCUGCAGCUGGGCUUCGUGCGCGCUGUGCCCGAGGCCGGGGACCGACUCUCUUACGAAUUCUUCCACGUCACACUGCAGUCCUUCUUUGCCGCACUCUUCCUCGUCGUCGAUGACAGGGUGGGCGCCGGGGAGCUGCUCCGUUUCUUCGGCGAGUGGCGGCCUGGUGGGCUGGCGGGCCCCGCCUGCCCCCGGCUCUCCUUCCUCCCGUUCCGGUGCCUGGCUGGGGGCGGGCCGUCUGGGGAGGACCCCUUCCGGAACAACGACCACUUCCACUUCACCAACCUUUUCCUGUGUGGGCUCCUGUCCAAGGCCAAGCAGAAGCUCCUGCGACACCUGGCCCCGGCCUCGGCCCUGAAGAAGAAGCGGAAAGCGCUGCGGGCGCACUUGUUCUCCAGCAUGAGGGCCUACCUGAAGAGCCUGCCCCGCUGCCAGACCGAGAUGUUCAGCCAGGUGCAGGCCAUGCCCACCUUCAUCUGGAUGCUGCGCUGCGUCUACGAGACACAGAGCGACAAGAUGGGGCAGUUGGCAGCCCGAGGCAUCUGUGCCAACUACAUCAAGCUGACCUACUGCAACGCCUGCUCGGCGGACUGCAGUGCCAUCUCCUUUGUCAUGCACCACUUCCGCAAGCGCCUGGCCCUGGACCUGGAUAACAACAACCUGAACGACUAUGGCGUCAAGGAGCUGCAGCCCUGCUUCAGUCGCCUUACUGUCCUCAGGCUCAGUGUAAAUCAGAUCACUGACACUGGAGUUAAAGUACUUUAUGAAGAACUAACUAAAUACAAAAUUGUGACAUAUUUGGGCUUAUACAAUAACCAAAUUACUGACGUCGGAGCCAAGUACCUGGCAAGACUCAUGGAUGAAUGUUCCAGCCUCACCCACCUUAAGCUAGGAGCAAACAAAAUAACAAGUGAAGGGGGAAAGUGUCUUGCUCUGGCUGUUCAGAAGAGCAAAUCCAUCUUUGAAAUUGGGAUGUGGGGCAAUAAGAUUGGGGAUGAAGGUGCAAAGGCCUUCGCAGAGGCACUGAAGAACCACCCCAGCCUGACCAACCUCAGUCUUGCAUUCAAUGGCAUCUCCACUGAAGGAGGCAAAAGUAUUGCACAAGCCCUUCAGCACAACACUUCUGUGAGAAUAUUUUGGCUGACGAAAAAUGAGCUUGACGACGAGGUGGCCGAGAGUUUUGCAGAAAUGCUCGAGGUCAACCAGACGCUGACACAUUUAUGGCUCAUCCAGAAUCAGAUCACAGCCAGGGGGACCACCCGCUUAGCAGGCGCACUCCAGAAGAACACUGGAAUAUUGGAAAUUUGUUUAAACGGAAACUUGAUCAGCACAGAGGAGGCCAAGGCCUUUGAAGAUGAAAAACGGAUUGUUUGUUUCUGAGAGGACCUUUUCUGCGGAGGAUCUCGGGAGCUUGGCCCCAGCCACCCGUGCCAAGGGAGUGGCUGUCCGCACCCGCUCCACUGUUCUGCUCUGCUUGGGCUCGUUCCUCUAACUGUGCCACAGGGACACUUGGUACCCAUCCAAACCCGAAGUCUGGAUGGAGCUAAAGCAGGAAGACCUUAGGGGAGGAAAGCAGAGCGGACAAGCUCACAGAACCCACCUGGGCCAGGCCUUCCUGUGUGCAGCAGUGGAAAUACGGUCAUCACCAGAGGCUAGGCUGGACCUCAUAGCUGUCUUCAACAGGGAGAAGGUCCCUGUCCAGCACCUGGGAAAUGGAAUUUCAAGUGGUCACCUUGCCCCUCUGGGAGCAGUAAUUGUGCAAUAAUGGUUAGUGUCUUUAAAGAAAGGUGGUCUGUGAUUACGCAGGGUUUUACAUGGGUGAUUUCAUGACUUCAUGUUUCCCUGUGGUAGAUAGUGGCAAGUAUUACUAUGGUCACUUUAUGGAUUGGGGAUACUGAGGCAGACGGCGGGGUUUCAGGAAAUAAUUGAAGACCUGACUUGCUGUGAUGCCCAGUCAUUUCACCCUCUUCUGCCUCAGCUGGGGGGAAUAGCUGAGAGUUUAACCCUCUUUGGGGUGGAGGGAGGUGCAGUGCUCCAUGUGACUACAAACAGCCUCGGUCCCGGCUGCCCAACGUAUGGAAACAGCAAAACCCUUAAUAGCGUCACCCCACCAACAGGUAACUCCCCUUCUGUGACCAAAGUUUUUCAUGUUUCUGGCAUGGAAGCUGUAGCGCAUCCAGCCCUGAUCUCGUCAACUCCUGGGCUGGGAGUCAUCUGAGUUUCUCUCUGCUCCUCGUCACUUUCUUGAGCCUCACUCAUGAGAACAAGUAGUUGUGGAGCAGCUCUGGUAAUCCUCUGCCCCAUUAAUAAAGUGCACUCAAAGCAUUCA